CUCUCUUUUCUCAUUUCGACGUUACACACUCUCUCCGCUCGCUUCUGAGUUUCACGGGUUUUGUAGGGUUUGUUCUGAAUCCAAAUCAGGUUGAGAAGUGAAGAUAAGUAAGAAAGGCGUCGACUUGGUUGCUAGUUUUGUAAGCAAUGAGUCCUGGUCAAGGCAAACUACCUUCAGAUUCGAUCAAAGUGGUCCCUGGAAGGAGUAAACUGCGGGUUGAAUCUUCAAACCCGGUUGCUAGAGGGAAUCCAGUACCUAGACCUUCAAAGGUGAAGUGGAUCGCACCAGAGGAAGUUAUAAAACUACAUUCUGGUGUCAGUAAAGUGCCUGUUCCUCCAGCUUCUGUGUCAUCAAGACCUUAUAAGCCUGCUCGUCAAGCUUUUGAAUCAUCAAGACCACCUAAGCCUUUUCCUGCAACUUUUGAAUCACAAAGACCUAAGCCUGCUCAUGCUACUUUUGAAGCACCGGGACAUGUCCCGGCUCGUCCAAUUUUUAAACCACCAAGACCUGUCCCACCUCGUCCCACUUACGAACCACCAAGACCUGUCCCUGCCCGUCCUGCACCGGGUUUGAGAAAAGAAAUUGUGUGUGGUCUUCAAGCUGCUUCGAGUAUGAAUCCAACAACAGUGAGACAGAGAACCAAUCCAAGAAGUCUACAUCAACCUAGGACGGUUGAGCUUCCUCCUAGUCCAAUUGCUUUACAGAUUCCUUCAAGAGUGGAGCUUCCUCCUAGUCCACGUGCUUUUCAGACUCCUUCAAGAGUGGAGCUUCCUCCUAGUCUACGUGCUUUUCAGAUUCCUUCAAGAGUUCAACAACAAGCUACUACUGAUGCAGCAACACAUACAAUAGAAGUUUCUCUAGAGACAGUUGUGGAAGUAGUUGAUAAAGCUAAAGAUCAUGGUCCCAAGGAGACAAGUCGAUCAACAUCUAAAGAAAGGAUCUCAGAGCUGCUUCUAUACCGACCAGCUUUGCUCCCUACUUGGAAGGGACGCAUUGUGGAUUCCGCCACGCUUUUUCCUGAGUUUGACUGCCAGUUUUGGGCUAAUCCACCAUCCAACAUCAGCAGGAAAGCACUGAGGCUUUCAAUUGCGAUGCCUAUAUUUCUUGAGGUGGAACUGGUUCCUACAGGCCGUAUUCUGAAUAAUGUGUUGUUUGGUAGAAUCCCAAAGCUAUCUGAUGUGGAAUUGUAUUUUUUCUUAGAUGAGAAGGAAACAGUAAGGUCUAAACGGGAACAUGCUCAUCUCUUUGAGACCAUGGCGACUCGCAAGGCUAUGAUCAAAGCUAGUGUAAACGGCACAGAGUUGUUGAUAUUCUCCUCAAAACUAUUGGACAAGACCUCCCAGUUUUUCAUCAAGAAGCAGCAUAAAACAGAAAACUAUCUUUGGGGUUUCUUCCUCCAUAGCAAAAACUCACAAGCACAUGUUCCAGGAACUUCUCAUCAAGAUGAUGGUAAUGUUGUUGACAUGGACAUAGACCCUGAAGACCAGAAGACUCCAGGGCUAACUCUCCAGCCAAUUGCAGUAUCACAAAGCACUUCCUCAAGUUUACCUCCUGGUUUCAGGAUGAUAUGGACACCACCCUCCUCAAGGCCUUGUAGAUCUUCAGGAGAUAGACCGUAUUGGAGCUAGAUAAACAAACAUCUUCAGGUUUGAGGUAUAGUCACGGUGAAGCAGCUAGCUAGCUUAGAGCUUAGAUAGAGAGGUACAUAUCUCGGUUUAGCAAUUUGACCUCUUAGAGAGAAAUUUUGACAGAUCUUUAGAGUGUUUGUUGGAACCACAGACUCUUCUUAUGUGAAGACAUAUUAAAAUGUUUGUAACCAAACUUUAACCAGAGAUCUUAAAGAGCAUCAUUGACUCUACAGUUUGAUUUAUCGCCGGUUCUAUUGGUACGGUUCAACCGGCUAAUUUGGUCUAGAUUAUGUAAUUGGUUUUGGAAAAAGGUGACGUGUCAGACUGUUAUUGGUUAACAAGCUAGGUUUCUCACUUUCCCUCCAAACAAAAAAGAAAAAUAAGUUUUAAGACUUAAAGCAGAAGC